UGAAUUUCCCUGUCAAUGGCUGAAUGCUUCGGAAAUUUUAAGGACUUGAUUAAAGAUUACGACUUAUAGCAAAGUAACAAGUUGCCACCUAAAUGAAAGUGGCGAAGCAGAAGUUUAAACUAGGUGUGAAGUUUAAAUACUAAAGUCCAGAUUCUUCAAAACUGUACUUUGCUCUAUAUUAAAUGUAGUUAAUUAGAAAAUGCUGAAGGGAUUCGAAUUACGGAGCAUUCAAAGUGUGUAAUUACCGCUUGAAUAGUGUUACAUUUGGAUGCAGCAUGGUCCUUCAAUUAGGCUUUUAUUUCGAGUGCAGACACCGGAAGCCCUGCAGGAGACUGUGGCUGACUUGACGCUGGUUGUCUGCGCACAGACUCCAGCGGAAGCCUAACCGGAGAACAGCAACUGGUUCGAUCACCUUAACGGUGCUGCUGCAACACCUACAACCGAAGGAGGACAACGGGGCGACUGACAGGUUCACGACUAAUUUCAGUGGAAUAAAGCGGCCCAGAGCUGCUCUCCCGCAUUUUAAAGGCUUUAACACUUGAGCAGAGCUUGAUCGCCAAUGGCAAGUCCGGUUGCAGACAUAGGACAGUCUCAUCAGCAUCAGCCAGUGACGGGCUCGGCCGCUGAUUCCGCGUUUCAGGAAGCGCAGAAAUGGAUAGAGGCUGUGACAGGAAGAUGCUUUGGUGACAAGGAUUUCAGAGGAGGUUUGGAGAACGGAAUACUGCUCUGCGAGUUGCUGAGUUCAAUUAAACCUGGUCUGGUGAAGAAAAUUAACAGACUUCCGACACCUAUCGCUGGCCUGGACAACCUCAGUGUGUUUCUGCGUGGCUGUGAGGAGUUGGGACUGAAAGGCUCCCAGCUGUUUGACCCUGGUGACCUGCAGGACACGUCGACACGCCCCACUGCCAAAGGAAGCGACUGCAGCCGAAAGCUCAAGAAUGUUUUAGUCACCAUCUACUGGUUGGGUCGUGCUGCCAACGGCUGUACCUCGUACAACGGGCCCACGCUGGACCUGAAAGAGUUUGAGGGCCUGCUGUCACAGAUGCGAAAGGAGACGGAGGACGCCGAGAGCCCUAAACGCGGCAUCCGGGACAGUGGCUACAUCGACUGCUGGGACUCCGAGCGCAGCGACUCUCUCUCUCCGCCACACCACGGUCGUGAGGACUCUUUUGACAGCCUGGACUCCCUCGGCUCACGCUCACAACAAACCCCGUCACCAGACGUGCUGGUCGCCCGCGGCAGCAGCGAUGGCCGAGGCAGCGACUCAGAGUCUGACGGUACCCCCCACAGGAAGAUGCCAGACGUUCGUAAGGAUGACAUGUCGGCGCGGCGGACUUCCCUCAGUGAGCCACGCAUCUCCGUGCCCUUCAACCAGUACCUACCCAACAAGAGCAACCAAAGUGGAUAUUUACCCCUGCCACUGCGCAAGAAGGGGAACAAUAAAGAGGAGGGAGGGUGCAAGAGUUGGAGCACCGCCACCUCACCUGUAGGGGGCGACAGACCUUUUAGAAGUAUGAGCAUGAGUGACAUGCGUGGUGAGGAGGAGACCAUCUUGCAGCCACACAGUCAGGUGCGUCAUGAACUGAUGCACAACCAGUACUACAGGAUGAAGGAGGACGACGAUCACUGGCAGGACGACCUGGCCCGAUGGAAAAGUCGGAGGAGGAGUAUUUCCCAGGACCUGAUCAAGAAGGAGGAGGAGAGGAAGAUGAUGGAGCAGUUGAUGUCAGGCACCUCUAUGUCCCAGCGGAGGAGAAGUGUUAAGACCUACAGAGAGAUAGUAGAGGACAAGGAGCUUCGUGAGGAGGAGCUGCGGCAGGCGUACAGAAAAGCCAGAACCCCUGAGGAGGCGGCAGCCAUCCUCCAGCGUUACGCCCAGCGUUUCUCCAUCAGUGAAGCCAUCCUGGAGCGCCUACAGCUGCCUAAGCUCUUGGACCGCAGCAUAUCUGCUGACCCCUCCUUCCCUCUCUCCCUCUCCUCCUCUCCAACAACUCCUGACCCUUUUGACAUGGAUCCCAAUGGGCCCAUGAAAUAUUUACGCCAGAUGUCCGCCCCUGCUCCAAAGUUCACGUCUACGCUAGAGGCUCAAAUCGAGGAGUUUCCCAAAGACUCAUCCUCACAUCAGAGGCCUCAGAUUCGCUCUUGCUCAUCUGAUCCACCAUCCACCAGAGCCCUGUCGCCCAAACCGGUGCCUUUAUUGACACCCAAACCUUACUGGCCCAGCAAGGCUGAUGGUUUGCUCCGAGUCAACGGUGACAUAGGAGGUAACGAUGUUCCUACCACACCUGAGAGUCAAGGAAUAGAAUCACCUCCUUAUUUCCAGGCAUCCCCUUCCAAAACCAACAGCACUGUAGAUGCUCCGUCGCCAGCAAACUCACCCACACACAGCCCACACACCUCCACUGGAGGAGUGAGCCCAGAGUCAACAAAAGCCAAGGAGGUACCAGGUGGCAGACAAACGGCAUCCAACACCUUCCAAGAAGAGAAAGUCCCUGAGCACUCUACACCACCUAGUCGGCCUACCUCGCUCCCAACGAAGCUGCAGAAGCCAGAAGAAAACUUUGGGAAGAUGGGAGGCCAGAAAGCGACCGCUCCCGAGGAAGUCAAGUCAAAUGGUGCAAAUCAACCAGCGCCAUCUACAGAAGCCAAACAAGAACGAGAAAGGACCGAACCAUCUACUCGGAACGUCAGCAUCCUUGUCCAGCCAGGGGUCAGCACGCAGCUAUGUCAGCCAGUAACUUUACAGCCAAGUGUUCCCAGCUCCCAGGAGUUGUCACACAGAAGAGACAAUGUACCAAGUUCAGCUGCAACAGGAUCAUUUGAAUAUCACCCACCAAGGGAAAUGGCAGCAGAGUUUGCAAACAGUGUCAGGUCUGCACUGGCAACCAGCAACCCUAAGUUACGCUGGGAGUUCUUCACUCCGCCAGAAGAAGCAGAGACGGACCAUCGUGGAAACGUAUCAUUGCCGGUGUUGCCCCAGGCCAGGCGGGGUGACCGCUGGUCUUGGGACCCGGAUGAGGAGCGAAAGCGUCAGGAAAGGUGGCAGCAUGAGCAGGAGCGCAUGCUGCAGGAGAAGUACCGUCGUGAGCAGGAGAAGCUGAAGGAGGAGUGGGAGAAGGCACAGAGGGAGGUGGCAGAGGAGGAGAGGAAGUACCACGAGGAGGAGCGCAGGAUACUGGAGGAGACUGUGACACCGCUGACGCCCCACUCCCCAGCCCUGUCCUCCCCCAGCCGAGGGGAGCUCUCCUCCACCUCGGAGCCCCAGGGCACCAUCGUCCGUUCACUGGCCGACUGGGAACGCAAGCAGGAGCUGCUGGAGAGGCAGUUGAGGGAGAGCACAGAGAGUCUGGAAUGGAGGCGAAAAGAAAACGACAGGACCAGUGACAUCAGCACCGCUGAUGACAGCAUGAAAACAGCCAGAAGCUCAGUGAGUCAGAGCAGCAGUCAGGCACAGAGGCUCAGUCACAGCCUGCAGAAUGGCCAGAAACCUGCCCCGAUGCAAAUCUCAACUCCCCAGAAGAAACAGGAGCUCGCAGCAGUCAGCAACAAGCCUGGCCGGCCUACAGGAGACAGGAGGAGUGGUCCCAUUGAUAACAACAUGAGCCACAGCCCAUCAAAGCCCCCCACAGCAUGUCCACCACCUCCAGACACACUGCCUCCAGCACCCAACAGAUCUGUGAGUGGGAAGAAGUUGUGCUCCAGCUGUGGGCAGCCGCUAGGGAAGGGGGCAGCCAUGAUCAUAGAGACCCUCAGCCUCUACUUCCACAUUCACUGCUUUAAGUGUGGGGUGUGUAAGGGACAGUUAGGUGACACCACCACAGGGACCGACGUCCGGAUUAGAAACGGCCUCCUCAACUGCCACCAGUGCUACAUCCGCUCUCGCUCGGCCGGACAGCCAACCACGUUGUGACGCUUGACAGAGAAGCACAAGGGUCACAGAAGAAACCCCAUCCCAGUUUUAACCCGAUUAUCUGCAAAUCAUGUCCUUCACAGCGUCGGCAUCUUUUGCAUCCUCUGCAGCUCAGUAGCCAAUGAAGAUUCAUCACGUGGGCCACAUGGAGAUCUGGGGACAGUUUAGCAUUUAGAAGAUGGGUUCUUUGUGUUUAUGUCAUCUGAUCCAUGAGUGAAAUCAGGCUUUGGUUGGUGCUCGUACCACCACAGGCUCAGUUUCAUCACGCGGCGGUAGAGAAACUGUUCUGCAGUGGCAGCCAUGUUGGAAAAAAACAGUAACAUUUACAGAUGCUUCACACACAGGCAGGCUACGUUGAUGUCCAAUACUGUCAAAAUGACCACGUAUACAAACCAUAUGACGGUCAAGUCUUAGUUAAGGAGAAGCCCAUUCAGUUUUCCUGGUGAUGUGAAAAAUGGUUACCAUUCAGUUUCAUAUGAUGGAAAUGCAAUACAUUCGGUAGCUAUUGUUUUUAUCAUUUAGAAAAGAUGUUGUCAAUUGGAAGUGAUAAGAAUUGGAAAACUGGGCUCAGACUGUACUUUUUAAGUUCUCUUAACAGGCUGGAUCUGAAAAACAUUAAUAAUCCCAGGUCCCUGCAGUGAGGUGCUUGACUGAAACAAAAAAUAUAGAAACCUCAUUUAGAAAGUGCAGUUAAGGACACUAACUGACAAACACAAUAUAUACAGUAGGAAGUCACUGUUCCUUACUGUUUGGCCCACACCGUGGCUUCCUGUGUCUCAUUCUGUGCUCAGAAUAAAAUUAGCUUCAAAUAUAAACACACGUUAUGGAUGCAGUUUCAUCAUUAGGGCAAUAACUUGACUUGUGAGCUGGUUGUGGGUCACAGCGGGUUGUUCGUCAGCCGGCCUGUCAGCUUGGAAAGUCACUACUUUAAUGUGCCUUAGGAAAGCAAGGUGAUGCAGGAAAGGAACACCAGCUAUCCCCUUUUUAUUUUUGGGGUGGAGGUGAAGGAUUUGGCCAAAUGUGAACUCUUAAACUACAGACACACAAGCUGUAGCCCUCCCUUACAUCAUGCUUUACUUCACUAGAGAAGUUCUGUUUGUUUUCGCAUAAAGACCACCUUCAUUUUAUCUUCCUCCUCCUGGGAUUCUCAGGGGUUUGCAGUGACACCCGUGCUAAGAAGGGAAUACAUAGACCUCUGGUCAAAAGUUGUAGAGCACCUCAGUUUUUCCAGUUAUUAGUGUAAUCCAACAGCUGAACACACCGGUGACCUUCUUUCCUCAAGUGAACUGAAAUGUCGCUGAUAGAGACAGUGCUGUCGCAGAAAGUCCCACAGAUGUGUUGCACUUUUCUUUUUUUUUUUGCUUUCACUCUUCACCUGGGAAAGCUGGACACUGUGCUGCCAUGGUUCUUUUCUCCUACACAACCUGGAGGUGUUUGUGGCUCAUCAUAGGAUAAAACUCUGUAAAGCUCUGACUUCCUUUGUUUCCUUUUCCUAUGCUGCCUUUGUAAAGAGGGAAUAUGUUGUUGUAAGUCACCAACAGAAGUUGGGACGCCUGUGGGAAAUGUUUGCAUCAGUUUUCAAGGCUUCAUUUACUUCCACUAAAAAGAUGCAAGCGUGUUAUUGAUCCCUGAAAAAGGCCCGUUUUAUAUGACAUCAAAUUUUAGUUUUUGCUGAUUUUUCUUUCCUCUGGCAGUUUACUUCUUGGCUUUACCGUUUAAGGUUAUUCACUCGACAUGAACCACUUACAGUGAAUAUGAAAUAAAAACUGGAACAAUGGGGGUGUUUUAAAACUUUUGAUGUGUGUGUCUGUUUGGAGGAGUAUACACUAGAGUAGACACUGCAGGAGAAACUGCUGAUAUUAAUACUGAAUGAUUUAUUCUACAGUGAAAUAGACUUACAUAUGCUACUAAUUGAGGUCAUUUUGAUAAUCGCUUAGUGGUUGCAUACAUUUAUAAAAUAAAAAUAAAACCACAGAAAGCACCACCACAUGUUAAAUCCAGUUAACAUGAACACAAACCAGCAGCAGUCGCACAUGUGCAAUAUUUGCUUGGAUGACAAAUGAAGAUCUGUGCCGCCAGCUGGACAUUUUAAGUCACUUGCUUCUUUGUUUGAACUUGUAUGAGAAGAGCUCGGUUGUGUUUUGUGGAUGUUUUUUUUUUUUUUUAAGAAAAAUGCACGUUUAAGCAUAAAACCAAAUGAUUUGCUGUAUGAAGUAAACUAGCAGCCUCCUCCUGAAAUGCGUCCUAUAGCCAAGCUUCUCUUCCGGGUUCACUCUCUGGUCUACAGUAUUUUUAAGCUUCUGUUCCGAUUGUGUAUUUUUACUUUUAUCCUCAUUUAGUUCAUGAAUAAAUCUCGGCUGAGUCUCUUGUAGCGGGAUCUUUGAGAUGGUGCUGUCUGUCUUCUUCACAGACUAGUUGGGGAACGAAAGCCUUUACGCCUGUUCUGUAUUUAUUGUAAUCUUCACCUGAACACUAUCCAAACUAUAGAUUCAUUUGAUGUUGAAAUGCAAUGGCAUUUAUAGCAUACUGUAUGUUUAUAAAUAAAAU